AUGGAAAGGAAAUAUAAUGUAAGUUUUUCUGCUCACUCAGGUGGCGAUGCCCGCAUCAAGGUCAUUGGUGUUGGAGGUGGAGGCAACAAUGCUAUCAAUCGCAUGAUUGGCAGCGGGCUGCAGGGUGUGGAGUUCUGGGCUGCCAACACCGACGCGCAGGCCCUGGACAACUCAGACGCCCUGAACAAGAUCCAGAUGGGCGCACAGCUCACGCGUGGCCUUGGAACUGGUGGCAACCCCAGCCUCGGCGAGCAGGCAGCAGAGGAGUCAGCCGUGGACCUCCAAACUGCAGUGGGCAACGCAGACAUGGUGUUCAUCACAGCGGGCAUGGGCGGCGGCACCGGCACCGGAGCAGCGCCAGUUGUUGCGCGCGUCUCCAAGGAGAUGGGAGUUCUGACAGUGGGCGUUGUCACCUACCCCUUCACCUUUGAGGGGCGCCGGCGUGGCACCCAGGCGUCAGAUGGCAUUGAGGCGCUCAGGAGGAACGUGGACACCCUCAUUGUCAUCCCCAAUGACAGGUUGCUGGACGUUGUUGGCGAGAGCACACCCCUGCAGGACGCCUUCCUCUUGGCAGAUGAUGUCCUCAGACAGGGCGUGCAGGGCAUCUCGGACAUCAUCACCAUCCCGGGCCUGGUCAACGUGGACUUUGCCGACGUGAAGGCCAUCAUGUGCAACUCGGGCACCGCCAUGCUUGGCGUGGGCGUCGCCACCGGCAAGAACCGCGCUGAGGAGGCCGCCCUGGCGGCCACGUCAGCGCCGCUGAUCGAGCGCAGCAUCGAGCGCGCGACGGGGAUCGUGUACAACAUCACGGGCGGCAAGGACCUCACGCUGCAGGAGGUCAACCGCGUCUCCGAGGUCGUCACAUCGCUAGCCGACCCGAGCGCCAACGUCAUCUUUGGCGCCGUCAUCGAGGAUCAGUACGAGGGCGAGGUGCACGUGACCAUCAUCGCAACCGGCUUCAGCCAGACCUACGAGGAGAACCUGCUCGCGGGCAAACUGCCGGAGCCCGUGGUCAAGGAGGGCGAGAAGAAGCAGCUGAGCGCUGCAACCAACGGCAACCUGCCCUGGAAGCGCCGUGGCGGCGCCACAGCCUCCGGCUACCUUUCCCGCUCCCUCCUCUGAGGGACCCCCCUCUGGGCCCACCCCCGAUCACCACCGGAAGGAGGGACCCUGCAGCAUGCGCUGCCAGAACCUGCAUUGUUUGGCUGAGCUGUCGGCUCUAGGGCGCCACUCCAUUCUGCACCAGUCUUGUGCUGCGAUGCUGCCAUGGCGUGCUUCCUCGCCUUGAAAGCUGCUGGUGAAGUUUUGUGGAAUAUAAGGGUGACAACGGCGGGCUUCAAAGGAUGCUGUGGCCACAGUAUUGCUGGCAAUUUUCAGGAAGCCAUGUUGCUGCCAUGGCACUGUCUGGGAAUUGGUUGCAAUUGCGCAGUGCAGUGCAGAAUGCAGGGCUGGUUGCUGACAUGUUGAUAAAGGACAAAGGCAGUAUGAACCCUGUUCAAGAACUUGGAUGCCUUGAAAUUGUUGUUUGCCCGUUGUGUCUCUAACCAUGGGACACCUGCGCUUGUGGGCGGGUGGUAUUGACUUGGGAUCAUCUCAUCUCUCAAAAGAUUGGGUGGGUUCUUGCUAUCGGCUGUAGAAGGACUGAAAAUAUAGGUGGACAGGUGUUGUAUUCAUCCAUGGCUGUUGCAGCUGCUUUCAAGGACUCCGCAUGUGUUAUUGUGUUGCUUCACUUUUGUACAUUACUCUCAAGAAAGCAACGUCAGUCCGAACACUUAUGGUGUGAUAUUGUCUCGUGUGUUGAAUGAGUCUCCAAGAGGUUCUGGGCAUGCACCCCUUGCUGCCAACACUGUAAGCUAUCUUCAGC